AUGGAAACCUCGUCGGAGAUCGAACCCUGGGCGGAGAUCGGAAAUGUGCCCUUGUUUGAGGUUAACAAAGCCCUUCAGGGUCUCCGCGAGGGUGUCCGCUGUGAUGAUGGCCGUGUCAGAGGUCUGGACGACAUAGCUUUGAUGUGCUCACCAGAAACAAGUUCCAUGGAUCCGGUGUUAGCCAGAAGGUAUGUCAUGCUAUCUGCACGCUUCGACAAGCAGGACAACGUUGAGUACGUGAAGAUGCUUUCAAAGCAGCUUACACGCAUCGGCAUUCGCAACAUCUUUGUCAACACUGCAGGGGAUUUCGGAGUAGCGACUGAUGCUUGCCUUGCGCAAGCAAGAAUCUUGCUGGCUCUGUGUACUUCGACGUAUGGGGAGAAGACCACAGGCACGUACGAGACUUACAUGGAGCUGAAGUACGCAAGGGAACACCCAGGACAUGUAAGGCUUGUUCCUGUCAAGCUACAUCCCAAAUAUCCACCUGAGCCGCCCGGACCUGAAGAGGGGCGGAAUCAAAACCAAGUUGCUUUCUCUCCAAGCCUUAUAUACAUCAAUGGGAUCAAUGAGACUUCCAGCGGCACGUAUUGCAAGGUGCAUCCUAGACAGCUGGCCAUCGACAUUGCUCGGCACAUCCAUGACUUGGGCCUGUGGUCCGAUGUCUACGAGUCUACUGCAUCCAAGUUUUCCAAUGAUGACUAG